AGUACAAACAACUUUUGGCUGACACUCUAAUUACACCUAAUUCACUACACAUUGUCCUUGCAAACUCAAAUAAUACUUUUAAGUCAUGGAAUCCACUAAUGUCACAGAAUUCUAUUAUAACCCACCUCAAUAUAAUUACACACCCACAUUUCAUGAUCAGUCCAUUAAUAGAAUCCCUAGUCCCUUGUAUCACCUUCAAAUUGGUCCUCCAAUUCAAGAACUCAAUUCACAAUCAACUUAUUUCAAUGGUAACAAUUCAACGUGUGAUGAAAUUGAUGAGCUAAUUAAUGAAAGGAAAAAGAGAAGAAUGAUAUCUAAUAGAGAGUCCGCAAGGCGUUCGCGCAUGCGCAAGCAAAAACACUUGAACGAACUAUGGGCACAGGUUAAUUGCCUGCGGAACGAGAAUCACCUACUCCUGAACAAACUUAAUCAUGUCUCAAAAGGCCAUGACCAAGCACUUGAAGAAAAUGCUCAACUCAAAGAAGAAACUGCUGGACUUCGUCAAAUGGUUACUAACAUGCAGCUCAUGAAUGGUCCUAAUUAUCCUUCUCUAAAAGAUCUUCAACUUGACAAUGAUGAACCUUGUAAUGGUUCAUCUCAAAAUGAAUAGUAUAAACAUAAAUGUGAAUGUUCUUUAACUUAGCCUUAUCUAUAUUUAUGUUUUUCAACUUUGGGUAUGCACAGAUAGAUACUUAAACUUGUACACAGAACAAGUAAACACAUGUAUUCUAUUGACAAUUAUUAGCUUCCUAUAUGGCGUCCUACGUGUAUUAUGUCACGUAGGACACGUGUGUUUACUUGUUCAACUUUAUAUAAGUUUAAGUGUCUACUUAUGCAUACCCAAAGUUCAAGAACAUAAAUACCAACUGAGGUCAAAUUAGAAGCCAUAUUUAUAUAUGUAUUAUGCCAAAUUUAUAAAGUCCCCUAUAUAUUAUGCUUGUUGGCUAUGGUUUUCUCUGUUUUUUCUUUCUUUAUAUUUGGAUGAUGGAAAUAAUUUGAGUUUUCCUCUCCUUAUUGGUUAAUAUCUUUCCUUGUUGUGGUCAAGGCUAUGAUUAUUAUAUAUUUUCCCUUUAUCUUUGUCGU